AUGGACGGUCCGAGACGGGCGUUUCGAGGUCGACCCUAUCAUCGGGCCUUGCUCGUACAGCUGGCAUGCCUGACUGCUCUCGCUUGGUGGGGUAGUGAGCUCGCAUUUGGGAGGCGGAAGGUGAAAGAGGAGCCUGUGCCAGAGCCUGUGCCUCCACCCGCUUCCACAGUUCCUCGACCAGUUAUGCUGGCUGGGUGCUGCGUUGCAGGAGUCCUGCUUCUGGUAAGCUUCGGUUGCGCCAAGACAAGGACCAGCAUGCGGCGGCCAUACCGGAUUCCGGACUUUGAGGCAGGCAAGACUCCUACGUUGGCAGCGGAUGCAGAGGCAGAAUUUCGGAGAGUUGUGAAGUUUCUACAGGACGUGUUGCUGAUCCCCAUCGAUGUCCGGAUGCCUGGCCGCCCUUUCGAGUACGACAUGCACUCCUUUCCUUUCACACCUAUGGUCUUGGUGAUUGGGAACCACUCUUCUGGCAAGUCCACCUUUAUCAACAAGCUCUUGGGGAAAGAUGUCCAAGAUACUGGCGUCGCGCCCACCGACGAUGGCUUCACCAUCCUUGAGAGAAGGACGGUCACGGAAGUGGAGGAUGGUCCGACGGUUCUUGGAUGUCCAGAAAAUCGACCCUUUGCUGAGUUGCAGCGUUUUGGUCAGACCUUGGCUGGCGUGCUGCGAAGGAAGCGCAUCCUCUUGCCGCAAGAGUCACAAUUUCCAUUCGGCUUGCAGAUUGUGGACUCGCCUGGAAUGAUAGAUCUGCCAGUCAAUGAGAAGGCCAUGAGUGAAUCCAAAGGCCGCGGCUACAACUUCGUAGAGGUGGUGCGUUGGUGGGCAAAACGAGCUGAUCUCAUCCUGCUUCUCUUUGACCCGGACAAGCCAGGGACGACUGGGGAAACCCUGCAAGUGCUGACAAAAUCUUUGGCCGGCCUGAAUCACAAGUUUCUGGUGAUCCUGAACAAGGUCGACAAGCUGGACAACAGUGUCGACUUUGCUCGUGCUUACGGUGCUUUGGGCUGGGCGCUGUCCAAGGUCAUCAAGCGCAAGGAUAUUCCGGCAAUAUACACGAUGUUCAACGACGGGAUGCAAUCACCGACAGGUCGCGAAGGCCUCCCGCUGGAACGCUUUGUGAAAAAGCGCGAGGAGGUCAUACUCGAGGUAAUGCGAGUUCGAGAGAGACACAACGACAACAUCAUCACCUCCCUUGAGGAGACCAUGCGACAGAUGCAGAUGGUGGUUGGAGUGGUUCAUCGGCUUCGCUACAAAGCCAGUGACCGCUAUUGGAGACUCAAGGUUUGGGCAGUUUUCAGUGCGGUGGUGCCGGCCAUAGGCAUUUACGAAAUCAUGCAUUUUGCAGCCGACAGCAUGAGAUUAGCCGCUGAGAUGGCAGCCGCGGAUCUUGCGGCAUCAGCAGUGGACUCUUCAAGCCGCCGUGGUUGGGGUUUUCUGCGGCGUGGGGGAGCGCCGGUUGAGGAGCCAGAGCCUGCAGGCCAUGUCGAAGAGUUUCAUCCCUUCGGCACCUGGGUGUACGUAACUGUGGCUGUUCUGUACGUUUUGUUCCUAGGUGGCGUCCUAAAGAUGCUUUGGGAAAGCUUCAUUCAGUACCAGAAAGAGCUCUACGUAACGUUGGAUGCAACUUUCGACCAGGUGUUCUAUGACAGGUUCAUACAUGAUGAGGGCGAGGAUCUUCGUUCCAGAUGGAGUGUUGUACGGCCAAAGGUGGAGUCAAUCCUGCAGGCGACAAGCUUCUAUCCCCUUCUUCCAAUUGUGACUACUUGGGAAAUGCAGAGGAUAUCCGAAGCGCUGCAGACUGACAUCUGGUACCUGCGACAACUUGCCCGUCAGUUGCGACAGCCUCAAAGCCCCUCCACCGCCUCUCCCACCGGCGCGAGUUCUCAGGGGCAGUCCUGA